AUGGGUCUAUGCAAUACUACUCCCUUGCUUUUGCUUGCGAUUUUGAUGUUUAGGGUUUUGGGUAAUGCUCAGCUUACCUCUGAUUUUUACUCCACGACCUGCCCCAAUGCAACAGUCAUUGCUCGUGGCCUGAUCGAGCAAGCUAGCCGUAGCGACGUUAGACUCCCUGCUAAAGUCAUGCGCCUUCACUUCCACGACUGUUUCGUGAACGGGUGCGAUGGUUCGGUACUACUGGACGCUUCCCUGGCGGAUGGAGUAGAGGGUGAAAAGGAAGCUUUCCAAAACGCUGGUUCUCUUGGCGGUUUCGAGAUCAUCGAUGAAAUCAAAACCGCUCUAGAGAACGUUUGUCCUGGAAUUGUCUCUUGUGCCGAUAUCCUUGCUAUCACAGCUGAAAUCUCUGUCUCACUGGCGGGAGGACCUUCAUGGGACGUAUUGUUAGGACGAAGAGAUGGUCGGACAGCAAACCGUGACGACGCCGUGGCUGCACUUCCUCUAGGACCUGACUCUCUCGAUAUCCUUACCACUAAGUUCUCCGAACAUAAUCUUGACACUACCGAUUUGGUUGCUUUAUCUGGUGCUCAUACCUUCGGGAGGGUUCAGUGUGCAGCGAUAACCAAUCGUGUGAACAAUUUUGAUGGUAUAACCGGACAGUCCGACCCGAGUGUUGAACCGGCAUUCUUGCAAACGUUGCGACGACAAUGCCCGCGAGGUGGAAGUCCCACUGCCUUGGUCAAUCUUGAUCCCACGAGCCCUGACUCAUUUGAUAACGACUAUUUCAAGAACCUUCAAAACAACCGUGGAGUACUUGAAUCAGAUCAAAUCUUGUUUUCUUCAAGAGGAUCUCCCACUGUAUCUUUGGUGAAUCGUUUCGCAGAGAACCAAAGUGAAUUCUUUAGAAUCUUUGCGAGAUCGAUGAUCAAGAUGGGAAAUGUAAAGACUCUCACAGGAACUGAAGGUGAGAUUCGUAGAGACUGCAGACGGGUCAACUAAUUCAAUUUGCAUCUUCAAGUGAUUGAAUAUUAUUUGUUGUUAUACAUGAAAUAAGUGGUAGUAAUAUGUGCUUUCCACAAUUUUUUUCUUAGUGUGAUUUUGUUUUACUAUUAAGACUGAGCAUGCGCCAUUGUUGCUAUUUUAAUUUUAAUUGUAACCAUACAUGCUUACACA